UGCUUUCUCACACCUGUCAAAAUAGUUAUGAUGGUAAUUUUGUUGUAAACCUAGAAACACUGUUCGAAGAAAAUAGAUAUUGGAAGAACUGAUAAAUCUGUUACUGUUGAUGAAAGUGAAAACCAUUCUCUUCUCAGUAGUGAUAUUGAUAAUAACGUUAUUCAGUAACUUUAUAUAUAUUAGGGGUAGUAAUUCUAAUACUUGUUGCCUGAGGAAAGGUAAAUUCCAGUGACGUUAUAACUUAUGAUCCAGGAUUACUACUUAGCUGUAAUGUUAAUUUUUUUCCUUCUGGUGCUUUUUCAUAGUUUUGCUUGUGCCAGAAAGUAAUAUCAUUUGUUUCAGCCGAGAAAGGAGCUCAUCUUUGUAAUUUUGUUAUCUGCACCAGCCACUUCACCAUCUUCCCAAUGUGGAAUUGUAGCUCUUUGUUAUGCAGAAGGGAUAUGGGUGAAACAGUUUUUGCUGACAUUGCCCAACCUCAAAAACCAUAUAGCAUCUAUUAAUUCAAACCAUUUUUAAAGAAUGAUGAACAGUUUAUCUCAGUCAAACAGUGAAGUGUCGACGACUGAGAGAACCCGGAGACCAAUGGAGACUGCCGAUUCUCAACCAAUGGUCACUGACCAACCAAGCACCGAUUGGGAAAAAAGUGAGCAAGAGAAAAAACACUUAACCCAAGCCUUUCAAGCCAAGGGAGAAGGAGCACAGGCAGUAGCCUCCAUGUACGGUCGACUAGUUACCCAAGAUCAACUAGUUGCAAUGGGUUCGGGGUCUCAGGGAUCUGCAGAAGAGGAUGCAGCAACGUUGCAGCCCGCGGUUCUAACAAAAGGUCGCGAUCCCAGCACCACUCCUCUACGCAAGCUCAGUGUUGAUCUUAUAAAAACUUAUAAACAUAUCAAUGAUGUAUAUUAUGCAAAGAAGAAACGUAGAGCUCAGCAGGGCCAAGGAGAGGAUACUGAUACUAAGAAAGAACGGAAAGUAUAUAACGAUGGGUUUGAUGAUGAGAAUCACGACUAUAUUGUCAAGAUCGGUGAGAAAUUCACGGAUCGCUACGAAAUCGAUUCACUAAUUGGAAAAGGGUCCUUUGGACAGGUUGUUAAAGCCUAUGAUUCUGAAGAUCAUUGCUUUGUUGCCAUAAAAAUUAUUAAAAACAAGAAACCAUUCCUGAAUCAAGCUCUCAUUGAAGUCAGACUUUUAAAUUUAAUGAACAAUUACGAAGGGAAGAGAGGUUAUUGUCCGAUGGAAAGGAAAAAAUUGAUCUACCAAUAUAUUCAGAGUAGGUUUUACCGAUCCCCAGAAGUUCUUCUUGGAAUUUCUUAUGACAUGGCCAUUGAUAUUUGGAGUCUAGGCUGUAUUCUUGUAGAGAUGCAUACUGGAGAACCUUUAUUCAGCGGUACAAAUGAGGUAGACCAGAUGUGCAAGAUUGUCGAAGUUCUUGGGAUGCCACCUAAACACAUUUUAGAUCAAGCCCCGAAAUCUCGCAAGUUCUUUGACAAACAUCCGGACGGAAACUACUUUUUGAAACCGUCUAAAGAUGGAAAAAAAUACAAAUCUCCAGGAUCACGUCGUCUUCAAGACAUAUUGGGCGUUGAGUCGGGAGGACCAAGUGGAAGAAGACUAGGUGAAGCUGGUCACAGUGUUUCUGAUUAUCUCAAAUUUAGAGAUAUGAUAAUAAGGAUGUUAGAUUUUGAUCCCAAAACUCGUGUUGUUCCCUAUAAUUGUCUACAGCACAGUUUCUUCAAGCGUACGUCAGACGAGAGCACCAACACAGCUCACAGUCCACCUACUGAGCAGGGUAUUGUUUGUAGUCCAGGAGCUGGUCCGGGAGGGGGCGAGGGAUCAGAAUCUAGCCCUGAUAGCCCAAGUAAGACUCAUUUGCCACUUGUAGGACAUGUUAAGACGAGGGAAUUAGAAGUGUGACUUUUUAAUAGAAACAUCAACGUGCCUCGCUUCCUGCCAGUGUUAACAUACUCCUUCAAGUGACCGAAAGAGAAGGAAACUCUAUGUUCCCACAGUGCCAGCUAAAUGGUGGUUCAAAGUACAAAGAUGCAGAGGUGGAGAUAACAGAUGACGAGGUUAAAGUUCGAUUGUUUGGAACCAAUGACACGAUGAGUUGAUGGAGCUAAGAGCAACAAAUUUCAUUCGAUUACAAUAUGGAACUAGCCCGACAAAGUCUUAUCGAAGUGCCUUUUGUUAUUAUGACAUCACCUCAACAACAAGAGAACACUGGUCUUUUUUAUAUAUUAGCUCCAUGUACUCCAUGAAAGAAGGUUUGCUGAGUAUUUAUAAAACUAGGCAUGAAAAGCAAAUUACUGUGAAAUUGAAUUAAUUCAGAUUCUCACUUUUGUGUUAUUUUCCGUUCUGCUAAAUCUUUCAUAUAUAACUAUUAUAUAUGUAUAUUGACUGAGUUUGACAGUUUGGUUCCACGAGUGUUGAAAAGGAAGUGUGGCGUUGUUUUGAGAAAAAUGAUUUAAUAAGUUCGAUAAAGAUGUAGUGGUGUCUGGAGCUGUGGGACAGGUGACAACAGUAGUGACCUUUUGUAUUCGUAUUUUUAUUAGUCACCUAUUGUUGUUUUACUGACCUAGGCUGCGAACUAUACGUAAGAAAGACUGAGUCAACAAAUUUGCCAUUACUGAAGGAGAUAUAUGGCAGAGAACAAUGUUAACUCAGGCCGCUACUGACUAAACCACAGAUGCCUUAUAUUGUGUAACAGGACGUGUAUAUGUUUGUGUGAUGUGUGUCUAUGUUCUCGUCCAAUUUUUUAUUAUUAUUAUUUAUAUUAGAAACUAGAUAUUUAUAUUCUUGGUUAAUUUUAGAACCCAGUAUAAACGGUUACCUUAUGUUCUUUGAAGAUAUUAUAUUCAUGCAAUAGCACUUAAUACAGCUAAUUAACCAUAAUCAUCUUGAAUUUUCGUGACAUUAUUAGUGUCUCUUUGAGCGGCUUAUUUCCUCAAAUAUCAAUUUUAGCAUCAUCGCGACAAGUAAAAUCGGGAGGAACGUAUCGGGUAUUUAAAAUGCUUAAAGCCCUUUGUUAUGUGAAACUACUUUCAGUAGAGUACAAUUUAUCGAGUCCUUAUAAUUCAGGAACCACAAACACCGAUUUUAUAUCGUUAAGGGAGAAUUUAUACUUAGGUAACCAGAUCUAUAAAGGUGGCCGCAAAAGUCUGCAUACUUGAGCAAAAUAUAUUGUGUAACCAUAACACUUUUUUGUAUACUACGACAUGAUUAUCUAGAGAAGUGACAAUAAGUUCUGCUGGUUUCAUUAGUUUUUGUUUUUCAUUCAAAGUAGCAUGAUAGAUUUGGAAUAUUUUUUUAUGUCUGGAAUAUAAGUCUAUAGAAUCAUUCAGAAAAAAUCCAAAGUUCAACUGAAAACAUGACAGUAAUAGUUUCAUAUUUGUUCUGCGGAAAUUUCGUACCACAUACAAGUUCCAUCAUCGGUGAUGUAUAUCAAGGUAGUACAACAUACGUUUUAUUUCUCUGUGUGUAUCUUUGUAAAUAAUAGUACUUUUUUGUGCUUUUUGUUAUAUGGAUUGUUUGUUCUAUUUAUAGUAUGCUUGUGUAUCAUGCAUAUCGUUACAGUUCGGUGAUGAAUGAGUUUGUAAGAUAUAAAAGGUCCACAUUUUAAAGGUGUUCUCUGGUUUUAAGUAAAGUCGUUCCUUUUUUACACUAUGCGACAAGCUAUUAUAUAUGAAGUAAAUACUAUAAUAACAAUAUCUCAUUAACAAUUUAAAUGGCGUUUGGUAACUAUAUACAUUUUUUUAAACUAAUUAUUUGUGUUCCAAUUUUGGAGAAAGAGUACAAAGUGUUUUUAAAUAAUUCGAGAGAUGAAGCUUUUAGAAAUAUUUAGAAAACAAUUGUUUUAAUAGGUUUAGUAAUUCGCAAUGUUUCUUUCCUCGAGAAAUAAUAGUCGCUGUCGAAACGAUUUUUCUAGUAAAUUUAUAAAGUACAGUUGUUAUUUGUAGCUGAUGAUUUAGAUUUUUACAGGGCUUCAAAAGCAAUGUGUUUACGUUCACAUUAAUUAAUGUAUAAUGAAAACUUUCGAGCACUGAACGAGUUUUGUAAUGCAUUAUAGAUAUUUGUAUUUUGGUGCCACAAUCGUUUGAUUAAUGAUAUUCGAUUCGUUUUUUGUUUGUUACUGAAAACGUGUCGAGAUGGUAAUGGACUGAGUACUAUGUAUAUACUCCAUUGAGUUAAAAAGACUCUCCUGAGGAAGUCUGAACUUCAUUUGUCCAGAGUUCUAAUGCUGUUACGAUUUGCAGAUUUAUACAUUCAUUGUAUUACGUUUUACUUUAUUCUUAUUUAUUUGAGGUGAGGAAACAUAUAAAAAAAUUAAUUGUUAUACCACUUUGUAGCUUUAUAAAUGAUACCUGAUCUGACUAGCAAUAGGCUAAGUUGGGUUAAAAUCAUUAGAAUAUGAAAUGACCUAGAUGAUCGACACUCAAUUUGAAUAUAAUUUUGUAGUUCUAGUGGCUGUUUAUUUACGUGCUUUUUUCAUUUUAGCGAGAAUGAAAUUAAUAACGUGUAUGAAAUACCAUUGUAGCAGUGACCUAAGUCUCGGUCUAUUUGUACAAUAAAAUUCAUAGUCAUUUGAUAAAGAACUACGUAGCUAAAGCUAUUUUUACGUACGUCACUUGCCGUAUUUAUUCUUGGCAUAUAGGUUUCAAUUUCUCAGAGAAAGUCGUAUUUAUUUAUUUAUUUUCAAUUACACGAAGACGACAAUUAUAAGAAAAUCAAAUCUGUGUAUUUAAAAAAAGUGAUUUUUUGAGGAAAAGAAAAACGACAAAAUAGCCCAAACUUAAUUUCCUUUUCAGUUAAGUUGAUAAAAAGUAUUGAUCCAAGCUAGGUUUCAAAUAAGUAAAGAGCAAGAGAAGGCAUAUUAUUUACAUUCCUUUAAAUAUGAAGAAAUACUAAAUGAUACUAUGACGUAAAAUACUAUUUCAUGAGAUUUGUUUUACGUUCAUAACUUUUACCUCAAUGACUCAAGUAUUAUUUGAACUCAAAGUUAGCAAUUAACUGCAUGCUAUUUCUGUUAAUAUGAUUAUAUCGUAUGUAUAAAUGACAAAGCGGUGUUACCUCUAGCGUCUUGUUUUGAGUUGUUAUAAUAUUUCCACGUUAGAAAAAUAAUGUUUCAAUUAUUAGUUAUCGGUGAACUUAAUAGACUUAUAAUGGCACUGUUUACUUAUAUAUCAGUUAACCGAUAAUUUGUUGUCGGAGACAGCACAAGUAAAAAGAGCAAAUACUGAUUUUAAAAUGUCUGUAACUCCUGGGUGAAACCUUAAACAGUAGUUUAAAAAGCCUUUGGAUGUCUGUGACUCCCGGUUGAAAUCUUAAACAAUAGUUUAAAAUGUCAUUAAGUGUUUUUAGUUCCUGGUUGAAACCUUUUGCUUCACACUAAUGUCAGAUAGUCGCGCUCACCUUAACUCUCUAGAAACACUCGUUUAUAUUUGUUAGUAGAUAAUUGUUCUACUUAAUUAUCCAUUAUAAUGGUUGAUAAAAAGCAUAUUUGAAGGGUGCUUGGCCUUAAAAUUAAUGUCGGUAAUCAUUAAUAAAGUAAAAUAUAUGGCACCAUAUUUUAUACAACAUAUCAUCUAUCAUCUGCUUAAAUAGCUAUUUAAAUUUACAAACACUGUUUAUGUACAAGUACCUUUAUUAAUAAAAAAAAGAUUCAUUAAAAUUAUUUAUAGCGUAUAACCUCGAAUAAAAUAGGAAAUAAUGUGAAACGUGAGACGUAGGAAAACUGCAAAUUGUUAUAGAGAAACUAUUCAUAUAUCAUCAAUGUUAGUCGAAAAAGAUGAGUAAUCUGUAAAAAUUUAGCGAAAUGGUAAAUAAGAGUAUCAAUCCAAUACCAUAUUUAUGUGAUUAUUACAUUACAUGUCAUAUUACAUGAGUACUGUAAAUUAAUCUAAACCACUACAGUCGAAGAAGACUGUAAAAAGUUUGUUUGCAGAACGACCACACGUUAAUUCCAUGUUAAUUAUUGUUUUAGAAAUAAAUAAUAGCAGCCUAAUUAAAUGUAACAUGGACGAGUGCCUUCGUUGAGUACUUUAAAUUGUAGUAUUUAUCCAAAUACCCGUUAUUUAUGAGAUUAUUUGACUGCAUAGAAAGUUGCUGAAUACAGAUACGACCUCCCAAUGAAAGCCUGUAUUUCUAGAUCUGGGUCAGGCAUUUCAAUAUCUAGCGUUACUUUAGUAUUAAAAAUAUAUAUUGUCUAUAGAGAAACAUGAUAAUUGAAAUAUUUUGAAGUUAGGUGGUUCAUAUGAUUCUACAGGUUAUUCAAAAAACGUUAGUGUCGCAAGUAAAAGCAUCGAUUGCCACUGGUUAAUGCAGAAAUGUGUCCAACAUGGAAUUUUAGCUUUUUAUUUAACAUAAUUUAUUAUAUAUACAUAUUUGUUUUAAUUAAUAAAUCUAAAAAUUUAAAAACUUCAGGAGGCAAUUAAAGGACUAUUUUAGAACUUCUAAUAAACUUCUGAGAUUCAUUUACUCGUUAGUUAUUCAUAGCAUCCAAUUCAAACUUUAAGGAAAUGCCAAUACUUUUGUAGUUAUACAAAAUUAAUCAUAAUUCAGUGUUGUGAAUAUGGUCUUCUGUUAUUAAUCAAUUAACCUUGGUUAUACAGCUCACUGUGCAUAACCCGCGCUAUUUCAUUUGUGAGUACAUCACAGACAUAGGUGUUUUCAUAAUUUACAAUAGAAAACACAAGUAUGUGUAUAUUUGUCCAUUACAAAUUUUUGUUAGGAUAGAUAAAGAAGUAAUCACAAUCAACACUUACGUUUAGCUAUCUUCCAUACUUUUAUUCUACUGGUUUUUAAUAACAAAUGACACUAAACUUCAUGCUCUUUUGUUUUGACACAAAAUUGUAAAUGCAUUCCACUAAAAAUAGUUUAUUUUACAUUUUAUAUGAUAUCAAAUUUUUGUCCCGGUAAUAAUUCACAACAAAGUAUAUUGAAAAUUAAUUGUUUUGUACUUUUUUAUUCUAGUUUUUACAUGAUGAAUUUGUUUUACGCAUAUAUAUAUAUAUAGUAGAGAGAGAGAGUAAGGUUUUAUUAUGUUAUUAUUAAUUUUUCAAAAUGAUGUAAAGAUUGUGUGACAUUUUAUGAUUAUAUUCUUGAUUUUAUUGGAUAUAUUAUAUUGCCAUUCUAUCAGAAUUAGUAUGCAUGAAUCCAAUGCAUUAUUGUAUAUAUAACGAUUGUAUAUAUGACUAUAUAAGUGUAACAAGUUAGAAGAGUUAUAUAAUAUGAUUUAUAUAUUUUGUUUCAGUGAUUUUAAUCUAGCCACACUGGGUUAAAAUGUUUGUUGUAAGAGUUUAUAAGUUAAAGUUAUUUAAUAGUUCUGACACAAUAAUGAUAAAUAUAGAAAACUAGGACAAAACUGUAAACUGUUUAGAUGUUGUGAAUAUGUAAAAUUAUGUAA